AUGGAUCUGCAGGCGCUGAAGGACUUCGUAGAGAAGGCCGGCGAGGACCUUGUCCGUAAGGCCAACCUGGAUGCUCUGCCUGAAAAGUUCUACGACGCGUUCAUCCUCAGUGGCGUUCGGAUCGACAGCAUCGAGCCCGGAAGGGUUCUUUGCUCCAUGACAGUCCCGCCGCGCCUUGUCGUAGGCUCUCUGACCACUAUGAUUCCUUACUCACUCUGUGCUUUACCGAAUUGACUUCGAUUAUUCCGAGCAGAACACGUUUAACUCCAUGCACGGCGGGGCCACCAUGUCUCUGGUGGACAUCUUGGGUUCUGCGGCAAUAUUGAGUACCGGGAGUAAAUCCACUGGUGUUUCUCUUGAUAUCAGCGUCUCCUAUCUGACUUCUGCUUAUGCCGGUGUAAGAAAAAUUUAAUUGAACUGAAUCCUUCCUUUUGUGUUACUUGUAUUCCUCGAGUUUCUUCGGCGGCAGUAAUUCUCUACUUCUCGGAUUGAAAUUUUUUCUUGUGCAGAUUUUUUGUUUCUUCAUAUCGUUCGAACUUCGACCUUCAAUGUUUGGCUUCAAGAAUUGCUGUAUUUUAUGUUUGUCAAAAUAACGAUGAUAGUGCAGGAGUUUUUCUGACUUCAAGAGAUGGAGUGAGAUUAGUAAGUGAAUCCUUGUAGUUUUUUUUCUGAUUUUUGAAUCCACGGAAACAGCUUGUAAAUUAUCGACGAAUAGUUUUGGCUCCCGGAUCCCACGUGAGAGAAAGCAGGGGCAUCGUUGAAUAUGUAAGAUUUAUGAAAUUUCCUGAAUUCGAAAAUGUAUAGGGCUGGAUUACGAGGAAGAUCUUCAAUAUAGGAGUUAUUUGGACUGCUACAAUGGCUUAAUUAAUUGAUUCUUAUGUACUUGAACGCAUCUCAAAACACUUUCUUGCUCUUCAACAAUCCACAGUGACAAGUAACUGAAUCAUCUCCUGUACGAACCAACUUAAAUUAGCAAAUAAGCCAUCAAAAAAUUUCGUUCGGUUAAAGCUUUCCAUCGUAACUUGUGUUUGCUUGACGUAGCCUUGUAACUUGAUUAUCACAAAUGAGAUUACGACUUCGGGUCCGUUGCUGGGCUUGUUUAAAUAUAAAAGAUAGAAAGAAAAAAAUGAUGUUUCUACGAAUAGCAUAAUUUCAUUAUCUGAAUAUUUAUGGAAUUGCGCUAAACCACAAGCGGAUUUUGCCUGAUCCUAGUUUGGUUCGCAGAUAAGGGAUGUGGUAUACUUUCCCUAUUCUGACUGAUUUUGUCUCUGAGGUACGGGUGGAUUACCUUGGUGAGGUUGAAGAAAAUGCAUAAAAAAUUGAAAUGAGAUUCCGAUUGAGGUUUUGAUAUCUCAUUCACAGACAGUGAGUUGAAUUAGACUAAUUUCGAUACAAUAUUUUUGGACAAGACAGCGAAAAGAAGAAUAUGUCUGCCAAAGAAGGCAAUCACAGAUAUGUGAAGGAAAUCUAGCCCAAGGCAAUAUGAUGUCGUUCCAGCAUAAACAGGGUGAUAUGAUUACAGAGAGCAUCUGAAUGCAUUCAUAUUUCAUGUAUCUUGUUAUGUUACUUUGUCUCCACUCUACUACACGCUAUCCGUGUACUUUCAAAGAGGAACAAUCUCACUCCUUCCCUCGCUUCAUACACCUCUUUGCUUUACCACUUCUUCAUUGUUCAGUGGGCUUUCCUUUUGUCGAAGUUAUCAACUCACGGCCUUCAUCAGUUUUUAAUCAGAUGUUUAAAUUUUAUUUUAUUUCCUCGUUAAAUUUUCACAAGUACUUCGAUUUUAUAAAUCAUGAGUAUUCGUUGGACAGUUUAAAGGUAUUCUAUAAUUGAAAUGGCACGUCUGCUUCUUAAAGCUAAUUAAAAAAAUGUGCACAUUUCUAUUGCCUGGUCUUUGCACAAUUGUCACUUGUGUCACAUAUAAUACCUAUCUCUGAGAUCCACUUUUCUAUUCUUUGUCUGUUAAUUAUCCACAGAAUGCCCGUUUCAUUGAGAUCGAUUAUUAAUUUGGUUCCCUUGUCGCCUGUCCAGGAAGAAAUCCAGAUCGAUUCCAAGGUCUUGCGGGCCGGGAACUCCAUCGCAGUUGUCUCUGUGGAGCUGAGAAAGAAGCACGGCGGAGAGAUCAUCGCCCAGGGUCGGCACUCCAAGUACCUGGUCGUCUCGAGCAGGCUGUGA